CCUCGGUACGUGUGCUGCUUCUUCUGCGUCGCUCGACCGACCUGUCGGUGUGUUUUCGUUGUGGGCCUCUCGACGGCGGCGGGGGCAGCGGCAGGCGCAGCAACGGCUGCGGCGUCCCGCCCCGCCCCCUCGCCGUGUGGCGCGUCCUGACGCCGUUCCACGUCGCAGUCGAGUCCACGCACGGACCAGCGAGCUGCGUAUGUCUGCGUGUCUCUGGCUAGGCUAGUUGAGGGAGUGAUGGCGGCGCCCGUCCUGAGAGUGUCCACCCCGCGGUGGGAAAGAAUAGCCCGGCUCCUCGUGUGCCUGCUGGGCAUCCUAUUGUCUGUUUAUGCGUUUCACGUCGAGAGGGAAAAGGCUCGGGAUCCGACUUACAAGGCUCUGUGCGACGUCAGCAGCUCCAUCAGCUGCUCCAAAGUGUUCAGCUCAAGGUGGGGUCGAGGAUUUGGACUCCUUGGCUCCAUUUUUGGAAAUGACAGCGCACUGAACCAACCAAACAGUAUCUAUGGAAUUGUUUUUUAUGUUUUCCAACUCCUACUAGGAAUGACUGUGAGUGCAAUGGCUGCCCUCAUUCUCAUGACGACAUCCAUUUUGUCUGUAAUGGGCUCGCUGUACCUGGGCUACAUCCUCUACUUCGUCCUAAAGGACUUGUGCAUCAUCUGCAUUACCACGUACGCGCUGAACUUCAUUCUCUUUACCCUCAACUACAAACGACUGGUAUACUUGAACGAGGCUUGGAAGCAGCAGCUCCAGGCCAAGCAGGACUAAAGCUGUCCACGCACAGCUAGAAAAUGUGCCGCAAAAAAAAAAGAAAAAAAAGAAAGAAAUGUGACUGACUGAACAUUUGACUUGCCACCAGGAGACCUUGCUUCCCAACAAUGUUUAUUCUGCUGUGUGUUCUCAAAAAACAAAAUGAAGAAAUCUAAUCUACAUGUCAGGCCUGAAUCCUCUUGAUUGCGGAAGGGUUCAGAAGCGAGAGGUUUUAUGUUCAAGUGGUUCUAAGUUGUUUAACAUUUUAGUCACGUCAAGAACAAGUCAUGGGCCUGAGCGGGAAAGGUAUAUGCCCACAACCGCGUGGCUUGCCGCUGGGUGGUUCUCCAGUUCUCAAACAAGAAGGAUCUCAGAGGAGACAAGGAGACUCAUCAUAGCGCAGCAGAUGCACUAAAAAGUAAGAUGGUGGAGUUUAAAGUCACCGCAAAGUACAGUCAAGAGCUUGCUGAUGUCUGAAAUGUCAAGUUUGGAGGGAAUGAAACAAUAAUGGAGAAUUGUUUUUUUUUCCUUCAUGUUUACACUUUGUAGUAUGCUUUUUAUUUUCUUCAAGAGGACCACUAAAAACAAAUGUGUGUAGAGGGAGUCAGUUUGUUUUCCUAUUCUGUACAUAGCUGCUGAGCAAUAUUUCAAGCGAGAUUGGUUGAUCUAAACGGAAAAACAAAAUGUCGGAGACAAAAGGGUGAGGAAAGACACGGUCGGCUGUGAAGCCACAAAAACAAAAUGGUUCCCUUCACCAAGCUUGCAACAAAGUACUACCAUCACCUCUGUUGUUGUGUGUUCAACAUGCAAACGUGCCUGAAGCAUUAAUUCGAUUAAAUUUGAAAGUAAGGUUUCAUUUGACCGCCACUUUUGCUUGUUGAUUUUCCUAUCAAAGGUCCAGAGGCUUUAUUAUUAUUAUUAUUAUUAUUUUUGGAACACGGUUUUUGUAAUUUAACAUACCAGUUGAGUGUUAGUCCCUCCUUAAAUCUCACACAGUAGCAGAGGCUGCUACACUGUGAUAGCUAGCGUCAGUGUCCAUUGAACAAGUAAUGGUGAUGCUGACCAGCUGAGUUACAGUUCAUUUGAUGGACAGAACUUGCCGGGAAUGUUCUUUUGACAUUUAAAAAAAAAAAAAAAAAAAAAAAAAAAAAACAGAAGCAAAACCAGUCGUUUGGGACUCCUCAAAAUAGCAACGUCAAGCCAUACAAGAAUGAGUGGGUGCUUGGAAGAUCAACAGCGGAAUACUUCCCAGAGAGCUGGAUCGUAGCGCGAGUAAUCCAUUGACACGAGUAGAAAGGUUGUUUCCGUUCUAAGAAGUGUUAGGGCCACAAAAGGAGAGAAAAUCAUUUUGGAAUGAGAAUAAAUAGUUGCAAGUCGUAAUUUUGUGAGGAAAAAGUCAUUGAUAGAAUGAAGCAGCGUGAAGCACACUGAACUAGUGGUUAGCACACUUGCCUCGCUGUUCUCAGCUGAUAUCGUAGCUUUGGCCUUACUCUGUGGAGUUUGAAUGUUUCCCUGCGCUUACGUGGGUUUUCUUUAGGUACUAGGGCUCCCUUUCACGUUCCAAAAAUAUGGAAUGAGUCAUUGAAGAAUAAAUUAUGUGCCCUACAAUUGGUUGAUAAUUACUUUUUUUUUCUAACCCAUCAUAUGACUUUUUCAUAACUGAAUAUUGGGUCACAAAAGUUCCUCCUCCUAUUCCCUCGUGUAUGACAUUUCCCAUGCCAUUACGACUUUAUUCUCAUAACAUGACUACUCUCUUUGUUUUCUUUCUAGUGUGGCCUUAAUAUUCCUUGUACACUUCCUUUCACGAGCCUCGCUUAAAAUCAUCCUGUCGACCACCGGACAAUUUUAACACUACAAUUAUGUCAGUGUGAUCCAUUUAAAACUCUUUUGGAGUCAGUGGCCUGAAAAAGAAUUUUAAGCGAGCUCUGAGCAUUUUUUUUUUUCCACUAGAGGUUGGGCUGUUUUUAAAUAUGGGGAUGGCAAUGGUGAGAAAAUUCAAUCCAGUAACGUGCUUCCUGUAAUAAUUUAAGUAGAUUGAUUGGACUGCAAUUUCCCUGCCCUGUGGUGUGGUCCAAAAUGUUGGUCUGGUACUGGUAAAUGCACAACAUACCAUCAACCUCUUCCCCUGUCCUGCAACAGAAUGUCAUUUUUAUGGGAAAAAAAAAGAUAAGCAGUUAUACUGUACCUCGAUUCUAGACAAACUGGGCUUUCCCAUUCACUGAAGGAAAGUUUACUUGGAAGCAAGUAAUGUCAUGUUUUGGAGAUCACUUGGUGUUUGAGUGGCUAGCACUCCCCAUAGCAUGCAAUUUGUAUAUGACAUGCCCAUUAGAAUUAUCCUCCUCACAUGGUAUAUUUUGUCAGUGUGAGAUCACUCGUACAGUCCCCCCCCCCCCCAAUAAAAUUGUCUAUUGGUUAAAACUGCUAACUAUUGAUGACCGUCUACAUGUAGCUGACGACCUUACCCACAAUCCUAUGCCUCAUUUCAGUUGGAGUGAAGAAGCUAUUGCAUGUUACUUUACCACAGAUUCAAAUGUAUCUAUCUGGCUGUUACCUGAUUUUUUUUUUUUUUAAUGAUUUAAUGUAAAAAGAAAAAAGAUCAAUGCUUACCAAUAAUUCAUGUUUGUGCAAUGUUGAGUGAGGCCCUGAGCAUAACUGCCAUGUUAGUUACAUCACCAAUGCCAACUUCAGUGCCUUCUGUUUGAUCACCAGGCCUUGAGCCAAAGAUGGGGCAAGUGAUAGCCUUUCAAAUUACCAGUGGAAAAGGCACUUUUGUUUGCUUCCCUUACAUUAGAAAUGGAGAAAUUAGCAAAUUUGCCCCCAAAUGAAAUGCCCUGACGCCCAUCCCUUAAAUUACACCUUUAAAUGUUCUUAUGUUGUCUAGUUAUAGGACAUGUAUGUUAACAAGGGAUCCACUGUUUCAUGAAAAGGAUUGUACUAUUCUUCAUCUUGAAUUAUGCCCUUUAGCUGUAAGGACUGUUAACAUUCAGACAGUUAUUUUAGUAAUAAAAAAAAACUUGAGGGGUGGAUUGCUGGGAAUCUGUGUCAGCAAGUGUUUUUUUUUUUUUUUUUUGUGGAGGAGAACUCACUGGGUUUGCUUCUGUAUUGCCAAAUGUGUUUAAAAACACAAUUUUCUUACUUGGAAAAGUGUUACAACCAAUUGCAGGAGGGGUGCAUUAAAACUUAUGGGAAAACUGGAUGAGACUGAGAUGAGAACAUUUGAAAUUGUGGCACUGUCAUGUGGAAGCGAUCAACCAUUAAAACAUUCCCUCUAAAACAA